UCCGGACUCGUAACAACAACUCAUAGCUUGAGAGAACGAGAGAGACAGAUGGGGACGAGAGAGAGAGAUGGAGAUCUCGAACGCCUUAUACCUUUAUCGAUCAAAGAUACUGCUAAUCGCUCGAAAUCCUCUUCUCCUUAUAAUUCACCGUCGGCCAGCGGCGCCGGCUCCGCCGGCAAGGAGGCAUUUAGCAAAGUGAUUCGGAGUUGGGCAUCCAAAAAGUUCAUGACAGGAUGCGUGAUCUUGCUUCCCCUUGCCAUCACAUUCUAUAUAACUUGGUGGUUUAUCCAUUUUGUGGAUGGAUUCUUCUCACCAAUUUAUAGUCAUCUGGGGAUCGAUAUAUUUGGUCUUGGAUUUGUAACAUCACUUACUUUCAUCUUCCUGGUUGGAGUGUUUAUGUCAUCAUGGGUGGGUGCUUCGCUUCUCUCAUUGGGAGAAUGGUUUAUUAGAAAGAUGCCCCUAAUGAGCUAUAUAUAUGCUGCCUCAAAACAAAUUAGUACAGCAAUUUCUCCAGAUCAGUCUUCUCAAGCCUUCAAGGAAGUGGCUAUCAUAAGGCAUCCUCGUAUUGGAGAGUAUGCAUUUGGUUUUAUUACAUCAACUAUUAUCCUCCGUAAAAGUUCAGGUUCGGAGGAGCUUUGUUGUGUUUAUGUGCCGACCAACCACCUUUAUUUGGGAGACAUAUUCCUUAUUAAUUCAAAAGAUAUUAUGAGGCCUAAUCUUUCUGUCCGAGAGGGCAUAGAGAUUGUCAUCUCUGGAGGAAUGUCUAUACCAAAGAUUAUGACUAUAAUGGAUUCGCAAUUCAUAAUGUCGCCAAGACUUGGGAAAUUAACAAUACCACAAGUUUAGGGGGGUACUUUCCAAACGUUGGAAGCUGCAAUUCCCCAUUGUCUCUUAUUUAGAUACUAGAGAUAUCGGGGCUAUCCAAGUUCUAAGGUUAAAAGGCUUGGCCUCAUGAUAUUGAUAUCAAAGAGGGAAAUCUUUGUCUGCAUGCUUACAUAUCUAUGUUAUAUAGACUUUGAUUUUUCUUUUUCUUGAAGCAAUUGUAAAACACGAAACUAGUUCAGAUAUGUCUGAAAGACAUUUGACAUGCUUGACAAGAAAUCAAUAUUGUGAAACAUCAA